GAGCAAGGUAUUUGAUUUUCUUGAUCUUUCUUCAUUCUUGAUAUUAUAUCAUGAAUCCACCGACUAUGGAACAUGGGUUUUUCCCCGAUGAAGUUGUUCUCCAAAUUCUUUCUAGAUUCUCCAUUAAAGACCUCUUCAGAUCCAAAUCUGUGUGCAAAUUAUGGUACAGAUUAACCUCAGACAAGUAUUUUAUUCAACUGUACAAUCAAGUGUCUGUCAAGAACUCUAUGGUACUGGUAGAAGUUUCUGAGUCCUCUGAAUCAAAACCCAGUUUGAUUUUUGUUGAUAAAUUGAGGGGUGUUUAUGAGAAAUUCUCAUUGGAUUUUAUCAAGGAUAGAGUGAAAGUCAGAGCUUCUUGUAAUGGCUUGUUGUGUUGCUCCAGCAUACCUGAUAAGGGUGUGUAUUAUGUUUGUAACCCAAUGACUAGGGAGUAUAAGCUGCUACCCAAAACUAGGGAAAGACCCCUUACUCGAUUCUACCCGGAUGGUGAAGCCACUCUCGUUGGGUUGGCUUGUGAUUUGUCAAUGCAGAAGUUUAAUGUUAUUUUAGCGGGUUAUCACCGAACAUUCGGACAUAGGCCGGAGAGGACUUUUAUAUGCUUGGUGUUUGAUUCGGAGUCGAGCAAAUGGAGGAAGUUUGUUUCAUUGCAGGAUGACUAUUUCACUCAUAUGAAUAGGAACCAAGUCGUGUAUGUUAAUGGAUUGCUCCAUUGGUUGACUGGAAGUUGUACCUGUGUACUAGUUCUUGAUCUGAAUUGUGAUAUGUGGAGGAAACUUUCAUUGCCUCAGGAAGUGUGUUUUGGGACUGGAAGUAGGGUUCAUUUGUUGGAGUCGGAUGGGUAUUUAUCCGUAAUUCAGAUUUCAGAGGCUUGGAUGACUAUUUGGGUGUUGAAAGAUUAUGAGAAGGAAGAAUGGCUUGUGGUGGAUAGGGUGAGCCUUCGAUGUAUAAGAGGAAUGGUGCCUGGCAUUUUCCCAAUAAGUCAGACGGGUCAAUAUGUGUUCCUAGCCACCCAUAAGCAGGUAUUGAUGUAUCAUCGAGACAGCAGAGUGUGGAAAGAUAUGUAUUCUGUGGAGAACAGUUCUACGCUUCCUUUGUGGUUUUCUGCACAUGCCUUUAAGAGCACUUUGUUCUCUUGCUUCUAAGGUCUGGACUGCAUUUGAAAACCUUUGUAAAUGAAUUUGUUAGUGCAGUCACAUCUACUUAGUUGAUCUUCAUUGUCUGCAAUACGGAUUUUAGUAUUGUGGGCAUUCCGUAAUUUGUGGCCUGUGAUAUAAGUCAGGAAGACUACUUUUCACUUCACAUUUUUAGGUACAAAUCUAAUUUUUCAAGGACCAUAAUUUCUUUCAA